AUGACCAACUUGCAAACAGUUGACGGUUGUGUUGAAUGCGGAUAUUGUGUCAUGCGGUACAUGAAAGAGAUUAUUGAAUGUGAGGAUCUACAGUUGGAGAGGAAGUUUGCAGGUUGGGUGAAGAACCAGUACUAUACGCAAACACAAUAUGAUGAAGUGAGAAUUGAAUGGAGUGAAUUUGUGUACUCAUUCUUGAAGGUAUUGCAGGACGUCCCUAUUCUUGUCAUGGUCAGCAUGCUUGCCUAUUUCUGUUUCCUGGAGCAACUCUUAGUUAGUGAAUUGGGUCCCCAUGCUCUUGCCGUAUCUUUGCCAUUUUCUUGUGUUCUAGGUCUUCUCGCAUCCAUGAUAGCUUCAACGAUGGUGAGCCAGAGCUACAUUUGGGCCUAUGCAUCGUUCCAAUUUGCACUUGUGAUCCACUUUGCUCAUGUUUUCUAUAGUGUGCUAGGAGUAAGCCCUGUGUUCUCCAUUUUACUUUCCUCAUUUACUGGGUUUGGUAUUUUAAUCAGUAUGAACUCUUUGCUCAUUGAGUAUUUAAGAUGGAGGGCUAGGAGAACUUUGCGCUCGGUCCAACUUAAUCAGAGUCAGCAACAGAAUGAAGCCAGAAACCUUGCUGGAGUUGAAGAUGGAGAUGACACAAGGCAGCAAGACUUGGAGAACCAGAUUCAAGAUCCUAACCCUUUGCAACAUGGACAAAAUCAUUCGUAAAGACUUUGAGGUAUGAUCUACCAACUUGAUGCAAGAGAUCAAAUUUUGUGCGCCUUAUAUUGAUUGAUGUUUUU